AGAGAGAGAGAGAGAGAGAGAGAGAGAGAGAAUGAAAUCUGAGCUGAGUGUCCCUACCGGCAACCAAAAACCAGAGAGACUCGGUGUCUCUCUCUGAAACCGCCAUUUUCUCCGAUCAGCCGAUCGAAUUUGUGCUCAGAAAUGAUCCACCAUCUCCGUUUUUCUUCCGAUUCCAUGUAAUCUGAACUGAGCUCAAUUGGGGACCUCUACGACGCUUUGCUUUACGCCAUGCCUUCGUCGCCUAAGGUCUUCCACGCCCGCCACUCGCCUACUUCUCCAUUCUACUCCCGCAGAUCUUCAGUCCUCCUCUUCUCCUGUAUCCUCUUCGGCAUUUCUGGGUUCAUCUUCGGACUCACCUCGUUUUUAUUUACUCGCCCCGGAUUUAAUUGUUCUAUCCGUGAGCCGAGGAGUGUCAAAGUCGUCUGGGAGAGAGCGGGUUCUUCUGGUGGUGUUUUUAGUGGAGGUACUGGAGCAACUGGCGGCGAUGAGAAGCGUCAUAAAGUGAUGGGGUUUGUGGGGAUCCAGACCGGGUUUGCAUCUGAUGGCCGGCGUCGAUCUUUGAGGCAGACUUGGUUGCCUUCUGAUCGGGAAGGGCUUCAACGAUUGGAAGAAGCCACUGGCUUGGCUUUCAGAUUUAUAAUUGGAAAGACAAAUGACAAGUUGAAAAUGUCGGAGCUCAAAAAGGAGGUAGCAGAGUACGAUGACUUUUUGCUAUUGGAUAUUGAAGAAGAGUAUAGUAGGCUACCUUAUAAAACGUUAGCAUUCUUUAAAGCUGCAUAUGCACUAUAUGAUUCUGAGUUUUAUGUCAAAGCUGAUGAUGAUAUAUAUUUAAGGCCAGAUCGCCUUUCGCUUCUACUGGCAAAAGAACGCUCACACCCUCAAACUUACAUUGGCUGCAUGAAAAAAGGCCCAGUUUUCACAGAUUCAAAGUUGAAAUGGUACGAGCCACUGUCUCCUUUGCUCGGAAAUGAGUAUUUCCUUCAUGCCUACGGUCCAAUGUAUAUCCUCUCUGCUGACGUUGUUGCAAGCUUGGUUGCUCUUAAAAAUAAUAGUUUCCGCAUGUUCAGCAAUGAGGAUGUAACAAUUGGUGCUUGGAUGCUCGCUAUGAAUGUUAAUCAUGAGAACAAUAAAGCACUCUGUGCAACAGACUGUACGCCUACAUCUAUUGCAGUAUGGGAUAUUCCCAAGUGUUCAGGGCUUUGCAAUCCAGAAAAGAGAAUGUUGGAACUUCACAAUAAAGAAAGCUGUACAAAGACCCCUACUUUACCAUCGGAUGACUAGACAUGAUAUCCCCAUUUUUCUCAAGGGAGUCGAGCUACGUCCUUCAGGUUCAGGGAGUUUUCUGUUUAGUCCCAAGCAUAUAGCGUCGAUUUCACCCCUUUUUACCUUCUGAAUAUGUAUUUUUCGAAAGGAUUUCUACACGAUUGGUUUCAUACUCUUCUUGAUUCCAGGGGGGUGGCUUUAGAAAUAGAGCAAUAGGAAAUUGUUUUUGUGAUCAGAUAUUAGUGUCUUUCCCCCAGUUCUCAUUCUUUGAUAUCUAAGGCUUAUUUACUUCUGCAGAGUUGUAAAUUUGAGCACCUCCCACUCUCUACCUUUUCUUUUCCUUUCUGAUCGUGGCUGACAUGCUGUGGAAUCUAAAUAUCCUUCAGGCAUCCUUCAUUCUUUCA